GCGUAUGAAUCUUGUGACAUAAAUACUUCGCACAACAAUAACAAUGGCUACGUCAGAUGACGAUUUUCACAUGUCAGAUCUGGAUGACCUGGAUCUUUUGGGACCGUUAAUGCCAAAUUUUGACUUGGAAGCAGAUAUACUGGAAGGUUUAGAGUCAACUGAUUUAAAUGUAUCCAACGAAAAAAAUAGGGAAGUGUCAGACUCUGAUCAACAACCUACGGCAGUGCCAGAGGAAUUUACAGCAGACGACGUAAACACAAGUGGUGUUUUUGGUGAUGAUACAACUGAUGGAGUUGCUUUGGAACUAGUGAAUGAACCAGAAAAAGACCAAGACUUAAUUGAAAUGAUGGAGGUUGUUGAAGGUAUAACAACAGAAGAAAACAAAGAAAAGCCAACUGGGAGGUUCCCGAAACUAUCAUCUGAUGACAAAGAAAAUAUACUUGAUGAGGCGCUUAGUAAAUCAACCAAGAAAAACACAAAAUAUGGAGUGAAGAUAUUUAGGCAGUGGUUAACUGAUAGAGAGAAAGAUGCAACCUUUGAAAAUUAUACAGUUGAACAAUUGAAUUGUGCCUUGACUGAAUUCUAUGCUGAGGUCCGUAAUACAGACGGAGAAUAUUAUGCCAAGAGUACUUUAGUUGGUAUCCGGGCAUCUAUUAAUAGACACCUUAGGGCACCACCUUUUAGUUAGACAUAUUCCAUCCUGUCUGAUGAUUCUGCCUUCCUUAAAUCAAAUAAAAUGUUUUUGGCCAUGAUAAAGAAGGUUCAGAGGGAAGGAAUGGACAGGACCAAGCAUCACCCAUCUAUUUCUGAAGGUGAUUUGCAUAAACUGAGGUCAUCAGAUGCCUUAUCAACUCAAAACCCUAAGACUCUUCAAAGAAAAAUCUGGUUUGACCUAGUUUUAAGUUUUGGAAGGAGGGGCCGGGAAAACCAAAGGUUUUUCACUGAUACAACCUUUGUUGUUAAAUCAGAUGAUUGUGGUCGUCGUUUUGUAGAAAUGGCAGUGAGUGAGACAACAAAAAAUCAUAAAGGGGGAUUAGAUGACAAUCAAAACAUUAUAAAACCUAGGAUGUACGAAACAAAAAAGCCUGACUGUCCUGUUGCUGCCUUGACAAAAUAUCUAUUCAAGAGGAACCCUACAUCAAGUAUAUUCUUUCAACAACCUCGAGUAAAAGUAAA